CUGUGCAAGAGAUAGAUCGAAAUUACAGAAUUUACUCAUAUCCUGAGAAAAAGCUGCUGAGCUGAGCUGAGAUUGCCACGGAAAAACCAAGAAGAGAACAUUAUUAACGUCAAGAAUGGCGCAUUCAUCGAAAGGGAAACUCGUAGCUGUAAUUGGCGAUGAAGAUACAUGCACAGGAUUCCUCCUUGGGGGUAUUGGGGAAAUCAAUAACAAGAGACAGCCAAACUUCAUGGUAGUUGAGAAGGAAACUGCAGUCCAUGAGAUUGAAGAGAGCUUCAAGAACUUUGUUGCACGCAAUGAUAUUGCAAUCAUCCUCAUCAACCAGAACAUUGCUGAGCAUAUACGUCAUCUGUUAGAUAAUCACACUGAUCCAGUUCCAUCUGUACUUGAGAUCCCAUCCAAAGACAGUCCUUAUGAUCCUAGCAAAGACUCAAUUCUUAGAAGAGCUAAGGGUAUGUUCAGCGCUGAGGAUUUCCGCUGAUGUCGUUGGAACAAUAUUUCUCUCUUCUCAUUCCAUAUAAUUAUAUAGAUAUAUAUAUGAUACAUGUUACUGGGUGAUAAUAGUUAAAAUGGUGAAGAUUAAUUUUAUGCAAUGUGUCCCAUGAUUUUUUCCACCAAUAAAUAAUAAUUCUUCAUGCAAAUAUAUACGGGCAUGCUCCUGCUAAAUACCUACUUGUACCAGAUUCAUCCAAUCAAAGUUUUCAAUUGCUCUGCUAUCCUGUACAUUUUGGAGACUUAACUAUUUUGAAACAGAUAGAUACUUUUCAUGUGAAUUUAAAAAAAAUACAAUGCACCUCCAAACUGAAUUUUUUUUUUUUUUAAACUUCUGUCUAUAUUUCAUUUUCAUUAUUAUGAAUCCUGAAUAAAGAAAUGUUGGACACAUUACAUAAAAUCAAUAAGAACUGUAAUACUCCCUACUUCACUUUUUAUUAUUUCUGUAGGUUAGAUAGAUGCUGUAUUAUCAUUUCUUUAGUAUAUUUUGCCAGUUUUGGAUUAAAGUAGUAACUUUGUAAACUCCAUUGAGUGUUAAAUAUAUAUGAAAAAAUUAUAUAUAUCCAACCAUUUCAUUAAGUAUAUAUAUUUAUCUGAUGUAUGUGUAUCAGUAAUUUGCAUUUUAAGGGGAAGUUCACACACACAUUGACGUCCUGUUGGUUCCAAGUUUAACAAAAGAAAAAAAAGAAAGAAACUUUUCAGUAAUACGUGAAAACUCAACCAAAGAUAAACAGAGUCUUUUAUUUUUUAAUGUCAUUUGAGGAAACUAAUUACUAAACAUCCUAAUUAAAGCAAUUACUGUAAAUACAUAUACUUUAUUGUAGAUCAAUAAUCAUUACAGUUGCACAAGAUUGAAUGGUUUGCUACAUACCAGCACGUGUCAGCUUUAAAAAUGCAGGUACAUGAUUUGUUGCUUGUAUGCAUACACUUCAUUGGUGCUCACUGAAAAUAUAUUUCCAAGGAUGUCAAACUAUAUAUAGACCUAUUGUGUGCAAUUCUACAUGUAUCACUUGGAAAGUGGAAUCAAACUUCAUUUGAUUUUGGUAUUGUUGAUGAAUUUGAAAAUUAUCUUCAAAUGAAUAAUAAUCAAAAUAUCCACAGAGUAGGAGGCGAAUGAUUUUUAAGUUUUUUUUUUAUUUAUAAAAAUUUGACAUUCUACAAAGAAUCAUAAAAGAAUGGUGAUUUGUUUUUAAUGACUGUUUGCAUCAAUUUUGAUAUUUGAAAAAAAGGAACAAUAUGGGAAAGAAUCAAGCUUAUGUUAUCCUUAUAUUGUCUUUAAUGGUUCCAUUUGCAUAUUUUGUUGGCCUUUUUUAUUAACCCAUUUAAGACAAAGUGAACAUACGUUUUUGUUUGCUAUGGUUUUUCCCCAUGAAGAGCAAUAUUGUACAAAAUACAUGGGAUGAAAAUGAAACAAAAUUUACACUAACUUCAGUUUUAUUGCAUUAUUAUCUUAGAUUAUAUUCU